CACUUGAAAUCGACACACGCACCAGGCAGGAGUCUGCUAUUCCCUCUCGCUGGCUGUCCCUUCGCCAACAACACGGCCCUCAGGCACUUGACACUGCUUCUGCCAAAAGAGUGGGCGCCGGAAUAACGAUUUAAAUCAGUUUUGAGGUGAGACUGCUUCAAAUAUGUGCCAUUCACCUAAUCGAAGUUUCAUCUCUCAGUCAAUCAAUGCCUCAGUUUGUCUCAGUCAGCCACAAUCUGUCAUUUCCCUUCUGCGUGUCGUCGCCUUUCCCUCUGCAGCCGCCUUCUCGCUCUCGCGUCCAUCGUCAUCUCACCAAAAUCCCCCUCGUCCAUGUCGUGUGCAGCGCGCAAGGGUGAGCGAGACCUCGACCGCUCUCUCUUUUCGCGCCUUGCCUCACCCGAUCUCCGCUCACGAGAAGGGCGGACCCCGCGGGCCUCUCUCUUUUCUCCUCCAGUCAGGGCAAGCUCCUUGAUGUCCCGCAGGAACUUCAUCUCGCGCGCUGAUGUGGAACACUCACUCAGCCACUCGACAAACUCCGCCACUGCUGCCUUGUCUGGAUAUCGGCCAAGGAAGUCGCGUUUCGCUUGAUCGGAUUGUUGCAACGCCCUCAGGCGCUCUUCUGGUGGGAUGAUUCUCCAGAUAAGACUGUAAGUGUGAAGUUUCCUUCCCAUCUCUGCACACAUUUGUGAGCGAACAUUAUGUGUGCGUCGGUCUGUUUUGUUUCUGUCUGUCUCGCCUUUUUGCCACUCCUCAGGUCCGCCGAGGAGUGCCAGAAAGAUGUCCACCCUUUCGUCCGUCAGCUCAGCUUCCUCAAGCCUCAAAGCCUUCCUCUUGACGUAUGAGUGAAAAGAGCACGAACUGAGGAAUGUUGCAAUCUUGCUGUCCGCCAGAGAAAGACUAAUGUGAAGUCAAAAGUAACACAGUUCAAUCCGGCAGAUUGACCUUCUGAGCGAGUCGGCUCCGGACAUCCUGUCGCAGAUUUCGAGUGCAAUGCUGCAGAACAGACAGAGAGACAGACAGAGAGACAGACAGAGGCAUGUGUGUGGCAACCACUGUAUCAGCGUGGCCCUUACUUUGCGACGUUGUCACGUAUGUCCCCGCAGUCGUCUUCAGAAGCCAUCGUGUUUGGAUGUGAGAAAUCGAUCAGCAUCAAGUUGCUGGGCUUGAGUUCGGUGGACACGUACAGCUCCUCGUCGUAAACCUUGUGUGCAGCCAUGGAUGGAGACACAUAUGUGAGGCAACCAUUAUCGCACAUUUGCUUUUCUCCCUUACGGUGAUGGGUGCUCGGUAGGGUCCCAGAUGAGCGGCGUCUCCUUGUGGAUAGGUAGGGAGAAACACGUUGCCUUUCUUGAGAUCGCAAUGCUGCAGGCCACUCUGAUGUAGACCUGAAUCAAGGCAAGAGACAAGUACUGUGGGUGGAAGCGUUUAUAUGGAGCGUACUGUGGACGCCUUGAAACAGCUGCGCGAUGACAAAGGUCCCGAAGGCAAUGCGCCUCUCUUCGCCGGUGUCGAGCGCUCUGACCAGCACCUUGGUGUCCCAGUCGAUCUCACUGGCUGCGUGAAAUCCUAAGAGGUCCGCAAAGCUUAUGCCAUGGAGUCUCUCAAUGAUCAGAAACUCUGUUAGCCAUGCGACGGUCAGAUGUGAGCUAAAAUGUUUGUGUCUCUACCUCGUGUAUGACUUUGGUCCUUUACUUGAGAGCACAUCGGCUUCUUCAGGGUUGGUCGGCUGAUAGUAAUGGGGAAUUCGCGGAAGCUCGUAAAUUUUCCCCUUGGAGUGAAUCAAUCGCCAGAGAGUCUCGUAUCCUGCGUGAGGUGAGUUGUCUCGCAAUUCGAGCACUGCAGCAGGCGGCCGAUCUUUGCUUACCAUCCUUCUCGUCGUCGAUAUCCCGUUGCCUCUCCUCAUCCAUGGCCAUCUUGAUGAUGACUUCUUUGGUGGAUAAGGCAGCUUGGCCGUGAGUUCUUCCUGCACGCGCAAAGAUUCAGCGCAAUAUUGCAAAGGGCACAAGACGAAAGGAGGCAUACCUGGUGAGGUGUCCAUACUGAUGGGAGAAGAGAUGGCGCCUGUCAGUCAGCAAGCCAGCAGAAACAGGCAGGGAGACAUGAAGGCAGACAGGCAGGCGGGCCGAAACGUACCCUUCGCAAUGUCAACAAAUAAUGCAACGGCAUUCGCACCGUGUGCCGACCUGAAAUGUGCAGUAAACGAACGACGAGGGAUAAAGACCGAUCAAGGCAGCUCGAUUAGAGCCUCGAUCCGUACUUGAUUUGGUAUUCGACCCCAUCAAUGGUGAAAACGUCAUCGUCGAUAUCCGGGAGCACGUUGGACUUGCCGUGAGAGUUCCAGAAGUCAACGGCGUCCAGCUCUGUUUGCGAAGACUCAAGCGAGACGACACAAUAGACGGAUUGGGGCUGGCAAACAGUCUUGAACACCUCGACCGCUUCGGGAAACAGCGGCUGUCCCUGCCGCUCGAGCUCAGCACCCGCACGGGACGUUGCAAUGGGAAGAGGCCACCCGGCGCAUUCGUCAAUGAGGAAAAACCACAUAGGAAUCAGGAGAAGCGUUGGCGACGGACCUCUCGCCAUCAGACCGGCCCGGGGAAGGGAAGAAUCGGAA